AUAUUAGAGAAGCUAUUUCAUCAUGGGAGAAAUAGAACAAAGGCCAACCCCAGGAUCGCGACUGGGGGCCCCGGAAAAUUCCGGGAUCAGUACCUUGGAACAUGGACAGAAGCCGCCCCCCACACCUUCAGGAAAGCUCAUGUCCAUCAAGAUCCAGAUGCUGGAUGACACCCAGGAGGCGUUCGAGGUUCCACAAAGAGCUCCAGGGAAGGUGCUUCUGGAUGCCGUCUGCAACCACCUCAACCUCGUGGAGGGCGACUAUUUCGGCCUCGAGUUCCCUGACCACAAAAAGAUCACGGUGUGGCUGGACCUCUUAAAACCUAUUGUGAAACAGAUUAGAAGGCCAAAGCAUGUUGUCGUUAAGUUUGUGGUGAAAUUCUUUCCACCUGACCACACACAACUCCAAGAAGAACUCACAAGGUACCUAUUUGCUCUGCAGGUGAAACAGGACCUGGCUCAGGGCAGGCUGACGUGUAACGACACCAGCGCUGCGCUCUUGAUCUCCCACAUCGUACAAUCUGAGAUUGGGGAUUUCGAUGAAGCAUUGGACAGAGAGCACUUAGCAAAAAAUAAGUACAUACCUCAGCAAGAUGCACUGGAAGACAAAAUUGUGGAAUUUCACCAUAACCACGUGGGACAAACACCAGCAGAAUCAGAUUUCCAGCUGCUCGAGAUCGCCCGCCGGCUGGAGAUGUACGGGAUCCGGUUGCACCCGGCCAAGGACAGGGAGGGCACGAAGAUCAACCUGGCUGUCGCCAACACGGGGAUUCUAGUGUUUCAGGGCUGCACGAAGAUCAAUGCCUUCAACUGGGCCAAGGUGCGGAAGCUGAGCUUCAAGAGGAAGCGCUUUCUCAUCAAGCUCCGCCCCGACGCCAACAGCUCAUACCAGGAUACCUUGGAAUUCUUAAUGGCCAGUCGGGAUUUUUGCAAGUCCUUCUGGAAAAUCUGCGUUGAACAUCAUGCCUUUUUCAGACUCUUUGAAGAGCCCAAACCAAAGCCAAAGCCUGUUCUCUUCAGCCGAGGGUCGUCGUUCCGGUUCAGUGGUCGGACUCAGAAGCAAGUUCUCGACUACGUGAAAGAAGGAGGACAUAAGAAGGUGCAGUUCGAAAGAAAACACAGCAAGAUUCACUCGACCAGAAGCCUUGCCCCACCCACAGAGCCGAAUCCAGAAGUGCCAAAGCAGCCUCCGCAGCGUGCCAGCCUGACCUUUGGAGACGGUGCCGAGUCCCCGGGUGGCCAGAGCAGCCCGCAAGGAAAGGAACUGAAAGUGUCCAGCGAGGAGUCGGGGCCCCGCCAGAGCCCCGCUCUGAAGAAGAGCCCCCCGGGGAACCAGCAGGUGGACGGAGCAGUCAGGGCGCCGCCGCCGGAAGAAGAGGAGGAGGUCGUUCCGAACAGGACCCAGCAGAGCAGGCCUCAGGCCCCGCAGCCGAGCACAGGCUCCCUGACUGGUAGCCCUCACCUUUCAGAGCUAUCCAUCAACUCGCAGGGAGGAGCAGCCCCCACUCACGUGACCUUGUCUCCCAACCUGAGUCCCGACACCAAGCAGGCCUCUCCCCUGAUCAGCCCCCUGCUGAAUGACCAGGCGUGCCCGAGGACCGAUGAUGAAGAGGAGGGCCGGAGGAAGAGAUUCCCAACCGACAAAGCAUACUUCAUUGCUAAAGAAGUAUCCACCACUGAGCGAACGUAUCUGAAGGAUCUUGAAGUCAUCACUUCGUGGUUUCAAAGCACAGUGAGCAAAGAGGACUCCAUGCCCGAAACAUUGAAAAGUCUCAUUUUCCCAAAUUUUGAACCUUUGCACAAAUUUCAUACCAACUUUCUCAAGGAAAUUGAGCAACGACUUGCCCUGUGGGAAGGCCGCUCAAACGCCCACAUCCGAGGGGAUUACCAAAGAAUCGGCGACGUCAUGCUGAGGAACAUCCAGGGCAUGAAGCACCUGGCAGCUCACCUGUGGAAGCACAGCGAGGCCUUGGAGGCGCUGGAGAACGGGAUCAAGAGUUCCCGGAGGCUGGAGAACUUCUGCCGAGACUUCGAGCUGCAGAAGGUGUGUUACCUGCCGCUCAACACCUUCCUCCUGCGGCCGCUGCACCGCCUCAUGCACUACAAACAGGUCCUGGAGCGGCUAUGCAAGCACCACCCACCGAACCACGCCGACUUCAGGGACUGCCGAGCUGCUUUGGCAGAGGUUACGGAGAUGGUGGCCCAGCUUCACGGUACAAUGAUCAAGAUGGAGAACUUCCAGAAGCUGCACGAACUCAAGAAGGAUUUGAUUGGCAUCGACAAUCUUGUGAUUCCCGGAAGGGAGUUCAUUCGCCUGGGCAGCCUGAGCAAGCUCUCGGGGAAGGGGCUGCAGCAGCGCAUGUUCUUCCUGUUCAACGACGUCCUGCUCUACACCAGCCGCGGGCUGACGGCCUCCAAUCAGUUCAAGGUCCACGGGCAGCUGCCGCUCUACGGCAUGACGGUGGAGGAGAGUGAAGAUGAGUGGGGUGUGCCCCACUGCCUUACCCUCCGGGGCCAGCGGCAGUCCAUCAUCGUGGCCGCCAGUUCCCGGUCUGAGAUGGAAAAGUGGGUCGAGGACAUCCAGAUGGCCAUCGACCUGGCCGAGAAGAGCAGCGGCCCCAGCCCCGAGUUCCUGGCCAGCAGUCCCCCUGACAACAAGUCCCCGGAUGAAGCCACAGCGGCUGACCAGGAGUCGGAGGACGACCUGAGUGCCUCGCGGACCUCGCUGGAGCGCCAGGCCCCGCACCGCGGCAACACCAUGGUGCACGUGUGCUGGCACCGCAACACCAGCGUCUCCAUGGUGGACUUCAGCAUCGCCGUGGAGAACCAGUUGUCUGGGAACCUGCUGAGGAAAUUCAAAAACAGCAACGGGUGGCAGAAGCUAUGGGUGGUGUUCACCAACUUCUGCCUGUUCUUCUACAAGUCACACCAGGACAAUCACCCCCUCGCCAGCCUGCCUCUGCUCGGAUACUCGCUCACCAUCCCCUCGGAGUCCGAGAACAUCCACAAAGACUACGUGUUCAAGCUGCACUUCAAGUCCCACGUGUACUACUUCAGGGCCGAGAGCGAGUACACGUUCGAAAGGUGGAUGGAGGUGAUCCGAAGUGCCACCAGCUCUGCCUCCCGGGGCCACGUGCUGAGCCACAAAGAGUCACAUGUGUACUGACAGCCAGGUGUCUGGGUUGUUCCGGAGAGGUGGCUUUCCUGGAAGACACUUCCUUUCCUCUGUAUUAAGGAAGCCUGGGGAAGUUAACACCUGUCUGAAAACAAAACCCUGGUGUCACGGCAGCCUCACCUGUCUCCACCUGUCUCCGCAGAGCAUUUUUUAUCCUUGUCUUUUCAGCUGUUAAUUUCUCAUCUGAACGGAAGUGCGCCAGCCUCCCUCCCCGCCCCCCCCGAGGGGGUGUGGCUCUAAUUUUCUUGGGGGCUGUUCUUUAGCUAGUGCCAGUAUUAAAAACACUGUCAUCGAUAGAGUGCCAAAUGACAUUUUUUCCUCCACAACAGCACCUUAAAGGCAGUAUAGAUAUCCAUUCAACCGACAGGGCAAGGCCUCUUUUUCUUAAAAAAAAAAAAAAAAAAAAACAAAGAAGAAGAAAACAAACUUUUCUUUUCAUCGAUAAUCGAGAGAGGCUGCUGUGUUUUAAAAAAAUGGAUUUUCCGGCAUUUGCAAUACACAUGGCGCGGUCUUAAGCAAAUGAGAUCACUUUUGGAUUUCGUUUUUUUCAACCUUUCUACUUUUAUAAUAGGCAGUUAGUAGGACUCACUUGGAUCGAUCCGCGACGUGCAGCACAGUGCGUUCCACUCGGGGUCCCACGCGCCAACCAGACCCUCGUUACCAGACUUCUCGGCACAAGCUGACCAAAUCGUUGAAGCGAUGACUAUUUGCGAGCUGGGGCGGGUUCUUCUCUGUUAGGACGAGCAGAAAUCCAGUGCAAUACCUGGGCUGUCACUGUACUGUGAGUGGUGUGUACGUGGGGAGCUAGUGAGCUGUGGUGUCUGUCUGUGUCACAAGCAUGAGAACCUGUAUGUCGUUAGCCGGGGCCGUGACGGAGUCUCGCGAGCUUCCCUGGCGCGGAGCGCUGUAAGGCGAUGGUACAUAGUCCCCAGGGCCCGUUUACCUGUCCCCUCCCGCAGCUGUGGUUUGACACUGCGCAGUCCCUAGUCGUAUAUAUCGUGCCUGUCUCCAACAAGUUACUUUUUUACACUCACCUCCCCCACCCCCGGGCCUGGGGUACUGACAGGAUGUCGCUGCACCUCCAGGCAGUCGGACGACGCGGGGAACACGGCUUCCGACAACCGCUGGGGCCCGUAGUUGGAAACUCGCCUGCUCGCUGCGGUGACCAGGGUGGCUGCUACUCCCUUAGUAUUCUUAAGCCCUUUCUAACGCAAGUCUGAACUGGUCCAGAGGUGGCAGUGGCCGAUCCCACGGGGCUGUCCCCUCCAGUGCCCUGCACCAUGGCUGGGAAGGCCUACUCACUCGAGCACCUGGGACACCCCACCCCGUGGCCUGGGCCCGGUGCAUAUGGAAACGGUGUGCAAAUGGACCAACAGCCUGAGACGUGUCCAUCACUUGCCUUACAAUAUGUACCGGGUGGUUUUAAAUACUAACGAAAGGGAAUAAAAAUACCUCACGCCACAAUCCAGCAUAUUCAAGUUUUAAGGCAAAAACGA